AUGGAGUCUGUCAACAUGUCGCAUGACUCUAUACUCAGAGUCAUCGAGAAUAUCAUGCUUGAUUACAGAGGAGGUCCGAUGUACUUCCAAGUUCAGGUAAUGGAGUGCGUGAACUUUGAGGUUCUGCUUGGAUGCCCAUUUUUUAUGCUCACUUUGUGUCGCACAUUUGAUCUCCCUAGUGGGGAGCAGGACAUUUUAUUGACAGACCCAAACACACACAAAGAAAUGCGCAUCCCAACCCUCCCUUGGGUCAGAAAUUGUCAGGUAGUGGUUCAUGGUGCGCCUUGUGGCAAAGCAAUGCAUAUGCACUUACAUGUUAAUAUCACCAAGGUUGAGGGUCAGGAUUCUUAA